UGGGAACAGAGUAUACUACCAUCCUGUACAACUUCAUGUGUAACACAGCAGCUGUGUUGGGGGGAUGAACAGAAGACCGAUCCUCAUCAUCAUCACCCUGGAGACCAGAGAUGGACAAGUAUUAGGCCGGAGGUCAUUUGAAGGUCGGAUCUGUGCAUGUCCUGGCCGAGACCGGAAGGCUGACGAGGACCACUUUCGGGAACAGGCGGCGCUAAAUGAGACUGCAGCAAAAAAUGGAAAUGGCAACAAGCGCAGUGAGUGUACGCUAACUUGCAGCAGCAGAGUCCUCCAGGAGUGACAUCACUA